CAGCGGACGAAGAGGAGGAGGAAGAAGAGGGGGAGGAGGGGGCAGAGCAGCGAGGGGGAGGAGGAGAAGUACUAACGGCAUAACUUUCUUGGAAACUUCAACACAUUGUCGCCUUCGCCCCUAGUCGCACGAUUGGAAAGACGUCCUUAUAAAGAAACUUGAUCAACCGCAGCCAUGGGUGUGGAAGGGGGAAUGAAAUGUGUCAAGUAUCUAAUAUUCUUCUUCAACUUCAUUUUCUUGUUAUGUGGCCUGGCAUUGAUCGUUUUGGGAAUCAUGGUUCAGGUGUCUCUACACAACACCGUUGUCAUCAGUAAUUUGUCAGCCUCCGGAGCUCCCAUUGUGAUCACCGUAGUCGGUGUGGUGAUUUUCUUCAUCGCCUUCUUCGGUUGCUGCGGCGCCUGGAAAGAAAGCUACUGCAUGGUCACCACGUUUGCCAUCCUUCUCUCAUUGAUCAUCAUUGUUGAGAUUGCUGCGGCAAUCACUGGAUACAUCUACAGGAACAAAAUCUCCACCGUCGUCCAAGAUAGUCUCACUGAAAUGAUUACUAAUUACAAAAAUGCCACAGAAGAAUUCAGAGAGUCUUUGGAUACGCUGCAGCAGAGUCUGAAAUGCUGUGGUGUAAACAGCUCUGCCGACUGGAAAAGCUUCGCUCCCGAUGGCAACUCGGUGCCUGACUCAUGCUGCCUGAAUGUCACUAAAGACUGUGGAAAAGAUGCUAUGACGGAUGCCUCCAAAGUGUACACGGAGGGUUGUCAUGAUUCUUUGGUGGAGCUGCUGAAGAAGAACCUCUUGUGGGUGCUAGUUGCAGUCCUCAUUGUUGCGUUCCUUCAGAUAAUGGGCAUCGUGUUCGCCUGCAUGUUGAUGAGAGGCAUCCGCAGUGGCUACGAGGUCAUGUGAUUCAUACCUGCUUAGGAGCUAGCUUACGUCACACUUAUUCAGAGCUUCAUUUUGUUCAUCUUAUACUUGCCAUUUAAUCCACAGAACAAUAUAUGUCUCCCUUUUUCUUAUUUGAAAUCCUAUUUUAAUAGGUUAACAAUGUUUCUGCUUUGAUGCUGUACAUGCAUAGUAAUGGGAAAUGGUAGAAGUCUUUAAUGUUCACGCUAGUGUCAGCAUUUGUUCUCGUUUAUGAGGAAUUCUAAUGUCUCAUAUAUAGGUUGUUCUGUUCAAGACCUUUGAUCUGUUUGGUGUUCAGUUUAUUUCAAAAUUUUGUGGUUUCCAGUUUUUGUUUUUAUUAAAGACUUCCAGUUAAUCAGA